AUGAUCUUUUCUGUGUCUGCCUGUCUUCUGCUUCUCCAGCUCGGCCGCAUCGCCGCAAACCCCGUCGCGCGGGGUACGGCUCCAGCCAAUGCAACGAGUUGUAAUGGUAAGACAUACAUUUAUGAAGAGCUUUCCGGGUGGGGUCUGUUGGCCAGCGAUGCCCGUGACAAGUUCGGAGACACAAUCGGCGGCAUUGGCAGCGCAAUUGCCCUGGAUAAGAAGUUUUGGAAGAAGAAGAGUGGGAACAAGGAAGCUUACACGGGCAUCCUUUACGGUCUCCCAGAUCGGGGAUGGAACACCGAAGGCACGCAGAAUACGCAGUCCCGGAUCCACAAGUUCGCCAUUUCGCUCGACAUUGUAACCGCAACGGUUGAGAAGCCCGCAUCGCCCAACUUUCAGAUCGUGUACCUCAACACCAUCCUCCUAACUGGCCCUGAUGGAACACCGGCUACCGGUCUUGAUGCUGACCCGACGGGGCACCUCUCUUUCAGAGGUUUCCCCGAUCUUCCGGUAGCGACCUAUACCGGGGACGGCUUUGGUGGUGACGGUCCGGGCGGCAAGCGAAUUCCGCUCGACACUGAGGGCCUUGUGCUUGGAGAUGAUGGCUCGUUCUGGAUUAGCGACGAGUACGGACCAUAUAUGUACCAGUUCGACAAGCGUGGCAAAAUGGUGAAUGCCAUUCGUCCUCCAGAUGCUCUGAUUCCCAUUAGAAACGGCAGCGAGAGCUUCAAUGCUGCAUCACCGCCCAUCUACAACGAGGACUUCGAGAUCGAACCCGAAGACCCUGAAACGGGACGGUCGAACAACCAGGGCCUUGAGGCUCUCACUGCCAGCCCAGACGGGAAAUAUCUAUAUGCCAUGCUGCAGAGUGCCGCCAUUCAAGAGGGUGGAAAGAAGUCAUCCACCCGUCGGAACACCCGCCUUCUCAAGUACCGGAUAAAGGGCAAGAGCGCCAUAUACGAUGCAGAGUACGCUGUCCAGCUGCCACUUCUUUCGACCGACAAAGUCGCAGGCCAGUCUGAGAUUCACUACAUCUCCGAUAAGCAGUUCCUUGUACUUGCUCGCGACUCUGGUGCCGGCCAUGGCCAGGAUAGCUCCGAGUCGAUUUACCGCAAUGCCGACGUGAUCGACAUCUCCAAGGCCACCAAUAUCAAAGGCAAGAAGUAUGAUGCCUUUAGCGGAGCUAUUGCGAGCUCAAAGGGCGAGCUCAACUCCGACAUCACUCCAGCCACGUAUUGCCCUUGGUUGUCCUACAACAACAAUGACCAGCUUGGCCGCUUCGGCGCCCACAAUGGGGGAGCGCAAGACGCGAGCUUGCUUAACGAGAAAUGGGAGAGUCUUGCGUUGGCGCCCGUGGAUAAGAAGUUCGAGAAAAAGGGCGCUGGCGAUGAGUACUAUCUGAUCUCUGUUUCGGACAAUGACUUCAUUACCCAGAAUGGGUAUAUCAACUUUGGGAAGAACCAAUAUGCCGAUUCUUCGGGCUACAACUUGGACACGCAAGUUCUCGUCUUCAAGGUCAGGCUGCCGAAGGGCGCUGACCCAUUGUAAUUAUUCGGGCCUCUUCGAUGUCACGGAUCGAUUCCGUCAUUCCAAAAUCUCGGAUUCGAAGAGUAUUACCGACAGCAAAAGUCACUAUGGUUGUUGGCGCCGUGCGUGAUUCCGCGCGUUCUCUUAGGCUAAUGUUAUCCGCAGACUCGCU